AUGCUUGUAAGUAGGAUCGCGUCCAAUCUGGCAACCAGAAGGUGCGUAACGGGAUUUCAGAGAAGAUUCGUAGUAACUGUUAUAGACACUGCAGAUGACUAUAAAUCAACCAUUUCAAAGAAUAAUGUAGUUGUAGCUAAAUUUAGCGCGAGUUGGUGUAAACCGUGCCAGAAAGCAAAACCAAUAGUAGAAGAGCUAAGCAAAGAGUACUCGGAAGUAAAUUUUGUCGAUGUAGACGUAGAUAAUCUACCACAAAUUGCCGACGAAGAAGGUGUAAAAACGAUUCCAUUCUUUAAAAUUUACAAAGGUGGCAAAUUUUUGGACGAAGUAAUAGGUUGUGAUAAAACCCAGCUUAAGGACAUAAUAUCCAAACAUGUUGCCGAAAAAUAG